CAAACGUUUGUUCCGGCACAAACGUUUUCUUGCACACCGUUGUUCUCGUGGUGCGAGCGUGCGGGCGCGCCUGGCCACUCUACUCGUCCUUGGGAUAUAAGCCAAAUGAACUAAAGGUGUUGGAAAAUAUUUCUAUAAAACGGUGGAGGAGAAUAUACUCGGCCUGGUAUAACCGCCCAGGAUAUACGCAAUAUAAUCCCCAGCAUCAGAGGUUACACUAUGCUGCUGAAAUAGAGAACUAGUCUACAAGACACCACCAAGACGCAGCUUAUCUUUCUCACCUAACAACUCGCAACUAGAUUCAAGAUGGCUAACGCGGGUCAUCUUGUGCGGCGGACGUCGCAGAGGGAGAUGGUCGUGCCUCAGAAGAGUCUGGACCGGAUGGAGAUGAGGGACAUGAGGAAUCGUCUGGUACAAGAGAACGGUGGUCCUUCCUACGGCAGUACCAACCAGGGCUUUGAAGACCCCCAGAAUAAGGUCAUAGAACUUAUAACUACGGCGGCUUCUGUGUUAUUCUCUCAUCAGCUGUCAAGUAGACAAGAGGUAAAGACAGAGGUGAUCGCUGAGGUUCACGACGCUAUUCAGAGUCCCACCCGCUCAGAGAAGGGGGACUGGGGGCUCUACCUCGCCCCACCGGGAUCCAUCCAACCAGGUCUCCAAGCCAGGCGACAACAGGGUUUAGGAACGAGAGUCUGGGACGCAAAGGGCGACCUCCUGGCUGUCACGGGUAUGCUGUAUUCGACAGGUUACCAUCUUAAGUUUUUUGAAGAAGAUCUGGAGAGAGGUCUUGCUCAGGGCUACACCUCCUUUCAAUAUCCAAAGCCAUAUUUUAUCGGGUCGUAUUCCUGUUGGCAUGUUGAUCUUUUUAGGGAACUUUAUUCUGCCAGAUACAAUAGCUUCUAUGAGAAUGAUAGGAUGGCCAGUGGGGUGGUGGCUAUUAACAGUGAGAAGAGCGUGGAAGAAUCCCAGUUCGAGUCCCGUGUGAGGCUGGAGCGGCAGUGUGACUGCAUGUGUUUCAACGUGUUGGGAGCCAAGCGUAAUUUACAUAUUGGACCUUCUUUUUUCCCACCUGAUCAGCUGGCUGUGGAGGGCAUCCCAGCUUCUCCCAGAGUUGGCCGUGGGGCAGGUUUAGAAAAGGGCCUAGGAGUGUGGAACCGGAAAAGCAGCCCCACUGAAUACUUCUGGUACAGAGAGACUUUAGAGAUCUCUCCGGACAUCAACCAUCCAGACAAGUUCAACUGGAAGAUCGCAGUGUGUCUGCUGGUGGCCUGGUUCCUGACCUACCUCUGUAUGGCCAAGGGCAUCGCCACCUCCGGCAAGGUUGUGUACGUGACGGCACCUUUCCCCUACCUGGUGCUGGUGAUCUUCUUCGUGCGGGGAAUUACCCUGCCAGGGAUGGAAGAUGGACUGAAACAUCUCUUCACUCCUGACUGGGGGAAGAUACUGGACCCGACGGUGUGGCUGGAGGCUGGCACGCAGAUCUUCUUCUCCCUGGGUCUGGCAUUCGGUGGUCUCAUCGCCUUCUCUUCUUACAACCCCGUCCACAACAACUGCUUCAGGGACGCCGUCGUGUGUGGCAUCAUCAACUGUUGCACUGCUAUCUUCGCUGCUAUUGUCGUCUUCUCCGUACUGGGGUUCAAGGCUCAUAUCACCUACGAGCAGUGUAUUGAGGAGAGGAACGCCAUCAACAUGGAGCUCUUCAACACGACGGAUGUCGAUCCUAUACCCCCGGGGGAGAUGAUUUCCAUUUCGGUGGACGGCGGCACCACGGAGAUACCCAUGCCUGAGUUGCCCAAGUGUGACCUACAGGAGACACUUAAGAACUCGGCCUCUGGAACAGGCCUGGCCUUCAUCGUCUUCACUGAGGCCAUCAACCAGUUUCCCUGGGCGCCUUUCUGGUCGGUGCUGUUCUUCCUCAUGCUCUUCACACUGGGCAUAGACUCUGAGUUCGGCACCCUGGAGGGCGUUAUUACCUCCAUCGUUGACCUCAAGGUGUUCCCCAGCAUCAGGAAGGAAAUCCUCACAGCGAUCAUCUGUUGUAUAUGCUGCGCCAUCAGUAUGGUGUUCGCUCACGGCGCUGGCAACUAUGUUUUCAUCCUCUUUGACGACUUCUCCGGCAACAUCCCACUGCUCAUUGUCGCCUUCUUUGAGUGCGUCUCCGUCUCCUACGUCUACGGUCUGAAGAAGUUCAGCGACGACAUUGAGCUGAUGAUAGGCAGCAGACCGAGCAGCUUCUUCCUCCUGUGCUGGAAAUACAUCUCCCCGGCCGUCAUGCUCACCAUUCUCGCCUCUUCCAUCAUCAAGCAGGUGCUGAACGGCUCUAGGUACAUGGCGUGGGAUGCGAACGAGGCCGUGGUGAAGUUCGAACAGUGGCCGCCGUGGGCGUGGGGACUGGUAGCUGUACUGGUACUGAUCUCCGCACUCUGGAUACCUGGCAUUGCUCUCACCAGGUUGUGUGGUAUCCACGUUAUACAAGACGAUGAACCUGCAUGGUUUCCGGUCGAGGAGUUGAAAGAAUACCACACCGUUGUGCCUCACAAGGUCACCUACGUGGAGAGGAAAGUGUUCUGUAUCCACGAGGACGGUAGCGAGGGCCUCUGCUGUCCUAUUGGUGUCCCUCAGACGGAGAGUGUCUAGAAGAGAGGACAAAUGAAGGGAAGGUAGCCGAGUGUAGACAAGGUGGUGUCGGGAAGCUGCUGACAGGUGGUGUCGGGACGCUACUGACAGGUGGUGACCAACAGCAGCAGAUGUGGUGUUACAAGCUAGUACAGGAACAAGGAUGACUCGAGAUGCACUCAAGUUUUAACCUGAAGGAGAACUUCAUCAUCUCGUUAAUAAGCCUCAUUUUCGUUGUCUGUUAUAA